AUGUCGCCACCACCCCCCUGCCUGGUUAACAGCCAUAAUGGCUACAUUCCAGCAUCGCAGCGAAUCCCGGCCAUGGCCCGGCCAUUCGUCAGCGAACGCGCCAAAAAGACCCUCGACCUGGUAGAGAAGUUCGUCGAGGAAGAAUGUGUCCCUGCCGAUGCCAUCUACCAGCAACAGCUGGGCCGCUCCACUGAGGAGCGCUUCAACACCCACCCCCAGAUCAUCGAGGAUCUCAAAGCAAAGGCCAAGAAACUUGGUCUAUGGAAUAUGUUCCUUCCCAAGAACCAUUUUGCCAAGCACGGCGCUGAGUACAGUAAUCUGGAGUAUGGGCUCAUGGCCGAGUAUCUGGGCCGCAGUCUAACUGCCAGCGAGGCGACGAACUGCGCCGCGCCAGAUACCGGCAAUAUGGAGGUCUUCGCGAAAUAUGGCACCGAGGAGCAGAAGAAGAAGUGGCUGGUGCCGUUGCUGGAUGGGGAGAUUCGAUCGGGGUUCUUGAUGACGGAGCCGCAAGUUGCUAGUAGUGAUGCUACGAAUAUUGAGCUCCGCAUGACGAAGGACGGAGAUUAUUUCGUUCUUAAUGGCCAAAAAUGGUGGGCAAGUGGCACUGGUGAUCUUCGGACAAAGGUCUUUCUCGUCAUGGGAAAAUCAGACCCGGCAAACCCAGACAAAUAUAAGCAGCAGACCGUUAUUGCCGUAUCUGCUGAUACUCCAGGAAUCACAACGAAGCGCAUGCUUUCUGUGUUGGGCUACGACGAUGCUCCCCACGGACAUGGGCACAUAUUCUUUGAUAACGUGCGCGUCCACAAGAGCAAUGUCAUCUUAGGCGAAGGCCGCGGCUUCGAGGUAGUCCAGGGCCGCCUUGGACCUGGUCGAAUCCACCACGCAAUGCGAUCAGUAGGAGGGGCAGAGAAAGCUCUGGAAUACUUCCUGGCGCGGAUCAACGAUCCUCGAAAGAGGCCAUUUGGCAAACAAUUGAGCGAGCAUGGAAUAAUGUUGGAACGCAUUGCUAGGUCGCGGAUUGAGAUCGACUCCGCUCGUCUCUCAGUGCUCAAUGCUGCCAUCAUGGUCGACCAAGGAGGCGCCAAACACGCACUCAAAGAGAUCGCCGAGGUCAAGGUGCAAGUCCCCCGUAUGUUGACUGAGAUUAUAGACCGUGCAAUCCAGGCAUAUGGAGCUGGUGGCGUGUCUCAAGAUACUCCGCUGGCCAACAUGUACUCGGGGGCACGGACUAUGAGAAUUGUCGAUGGCCCUGACGAGGUGCAUAUUCUGCAGCUGGGCCGCAAUGAAAACAAGCGAGGCAAGGCGUUGCUGGGAAAGAUUGAAGCCCAGAAACAGAAGACACAGGCCCUGCUCGGCCAGUACAAGGUGGAGUUAACCGAUCCAUUGCUGCUUGACCGGAAGUCAUCAAAACUGUAG